UGGGUUUCCCCGGAUGGUGUGGCUUACUUAUACGAAAAUUCACAUAAUCCACCAUAUUGGGACCCCGUCGGACCGGAAAUCUUCAAUACUGGCGUGGAACGCAAAGCGCUUCAUUUGGUGGACUUUGAUGGAGAUGGCAAGGUAAGAGAUAUUUUCUACGCAAUUUAG